AUGUUCCAGGCAUCUACUGCAAAAAGUGUUGUAAGUUCAUUACAAUGUUAUGAAAUUAAGCAUGGAUCAUAUUCAAUAAUGUAUACAAAACAUGACAAUCCAAUAUCAUGGUGGUCGAUGAUACGCGAUGAAAUAAACGGGAACAGUCUAAAAAACAUAGCAUUACAAUUAUUUUCAAUAGUUCCACAUGCUGUUAUGUCAGAACGUUUAUUUUCAAUGUUAGAUUGGCAAAAUACAAAACGAAGAAAUAAACUAAGUCCAUUCACAUUGGAAAAAACAUUUAUGCAAACAGUAGACGAGAAUCAACGAAUUUUAUGUGAAUUAGCUGGUACCGAUAAAAUUGACGAACAAAAUAUCGAAGAUAAAGAUUUAUUAGAUUUAACAACAAUGAUCAACCGUGACGAUCGGGAAUUGACAAAAGUGUUGGCUGAUGAAAGUACUCCAACAGAAGCAACCGAUGAUGACGGUCAUAAUGACGAUUACAACAUUGAUGAUAUUCUUCGCCCUCUAUUUAUUACAAGCAUAUAG